UGCCACAGGGGUGGAACAGUAGGAAACCCAAUAGGAGUCCAGAGGAGGAUCCCUUCCCACUGGGGGCAUGAAGGAGGGGGUGUUAGUAGACAUCAGGGAAGGUCUUCUAGGAGAUGAUACUUGGACAAAGCCUUGAAGGAUGAAGACACUGAAAGGUUAAAGUUGGAAUUAGAAAGGAUGAUGACUACAGAAGGUGAAUGAUGGUCAAGAACCCUUUUUCCAAAUUGAAGGCAUGGUUUAUGGAGUUAAUGGAAAAGUCUGGACUCUUGGGUACUUAUUCAUGUUCUAGGUGGCUUCAUUCAUCUCUUUAGUCCUAUGCCUCAGUCUCCCAUUCUGUAAAAUGAGUCCACAGUGCUCUCCCUAGAGAGGAUGAGGGAGCUGUGAAACAUGGGAUAGUGACCCACACACAGACACAAAUGAAAAAGCAUCAAAUUAGAGAACAAAACAGACUUACGGCCAUGACCAGCAGUCACCUAGCUGCAAAAAUGUCCAUAUCUGAUGACAAUCAGCUCAGAAGAUCUCUGAAAUGGGAUCAAGGACAAGGAGAGCUGGUCUUUUCAUUACCAAGAAGACUUUCUCAAAGCACAGAAAUCCACAGAAGGGCUGACCAUUCAGAGCAGAAAAAGAAACAAACUUCUCAAGCUCCUCCAGAGGCCAAUGUGACCGUGCAGAUCCACAGAGCUCAAAUGAAAACAGAUACAGCCAACCCAAUCAUUAUGGAGCCCUGAACUGGGAGGAGAAAGAAGGUCUAGCCUCAGUGUGACAACUGUGGUGUGGAAUCUCAUGGCAGUUCACCCAGACACACUCCUUCUUACUCUGAGAGGCACUGGAUGGAGACAUGGCUGGUGGCAGCAUGCUGGGCAUCUUGGUGUCCUGGCAUGCUUGCAGCUCUUGUCCAGGCUUGGCGUGAGCAUGCUAGAUGGCGGCUUAGAGGCAGCAAAAGUUCAGACCUCUGAAAACCCUUCCUUACCAAUCACAAACUGAAUGCUCCUAGGGGACCGAAAUUCAAACUGAACAAAAGGACAGAGCUGGGGAACCCUCCUCCUGGACUCGGAUCAAAACGUACACUCCCCAAAAGCCAGAAUCCUAGAUCAAUUGGGUCUAAGGGGAAGGCAGAAGGAAGGUCCCAGGACCUCUCCCCCCCAACCCAGAGAGCUGAGCCCGCAGCAGCAGCGGGAACCUCAGGGCCGGCAAAAGGGCCUCAGGGCCGGCUGCUCUGAAGGGCGCACCUUGAAAGCAACCUGAGCCAGUCUCAGGGGCAUCCAACACAGGCAGGGAAACAGAGAGAGAUGAGGGGUGAGGGGGGCUCCAUCUGAGUCUCACCGGAGGUUUUUGCUUCGGGGCACAUCCAAUCGAACCCAGCUGAACCUAAUCCCAUCAGGAGCCCUCAGAGCUCAGGGAGGCCAGAACCCCUUCCCCCUUAGAGUGCAGGAUCUGCUGAAAAGACAGAAACCUCGGGACAUGCAAUGGGGUUGCUCCAAAGGGUGUACCUUAAAAGUAACCUGGGCCAGUCUCUGGGCAUCCAAAACAGAUGGAAGCGGAGGUUUUUGCUUCGAAGUACAUCCAGACCAAUCCAGCUGAACCUAAUCCCAUCAGGAGCCCUCAGAACUCAGGGAGGCCAGGACUCCUCCCCCCUUAGCAUGCAGGGUCUUCUCAAAAGCCAGAAACCUCAGGGCCAGCAAAGGCAAUGAGGUACCUUGCAGACAGUGCUGUGCAAGGCUCAGAGCUAGGAAGUAAGGCAGCGGAGAAGCAACUGGAGGGAACUGAGAGCAGUAACACCUGAAAUGCCGACAGGCAUGGGAGGGCAGACCCUGGGCUUCCCCAGGAAGACAGCGCAGCUGUGGAGAACAGACAAUUUGCCUGGGGCUAAAGCCUCAGACCAUCAGAGAAAUACACUAAGAGCCAGUCCUCCUCACUCAUAGAGAUGGCAAACAGUACAGAAGUGCAAAAUGUUCCAAACACCAAGAAAAGCAAGAAGAAGGGGGUGACUUUGGACACAUUCUAUGGAGCAAAAAUACAAAAUACAGAGGAGAUAGAAGAAGAAACACAAACAAAUGCUCCAAAACCUUCCAAAGGAAAUGGAAAUUCUCCACAAACUCUUGAAGAAUUUAAAUCAAAAAUUAUCAAAAAGAUGGAAGCCUUUUGCCAGGAAAAUGGGAAACAAUGCAAAAGGAACUCAGCAAUAUGAGAGAACAAAAUAUGCAAAUGCAGAAACAGCUGGAGGCCUCAAAAAACAAGUCAGACCAAACUGAAAAGGAAAACCAGUCUUUAAAGGUCAGAAUCAGGCAACUGAUAGACAAUAAUCUUGCAAACGAGCAAGAAUUAAUAAAGCAAAGUCAAAAGACUAAAGAAUUAGAAGACAACAUAAAAUAUUUCACUGACAAGGUGACAGACCUGGAAAAUAGAGGAAGGAAAGACAACUUGAGAAUCAUUGGUCUGCCCAAAAAACCAGAGAUAAACAGUAAUCUUGAUAUCAUAAUACAUGAUAUCAUCAAAGAAAACUGCCCAGAGAUUCUACAAAAAGGGGACAAAAUAUGCAUUGAAAGAGUUCACAGAACACCCUCUACACUAAAUCCCCAAAAGACAACUCCCAGAAAUGUAAUUGCCAAAUUACAAAGCUUCCAAGCAAAAGAAAAAAUUUUAAAAGAAGCCAGAAAAAGACAAUUUUAAUAUAAAGGAACACCAAUCAGGGUCACACAGGACCUAGCAAUUUCCACUCUGAACGACCUCAAAUUAGAGCCUGAACACUUGUCAGCUCUAACAGAUCUAAAAAAGGCUAUCAUGUCUGCCCUUGCUCUAGGCAUCCCAGAUUACAACAAGCCAUUUACUUUGUAUGUGCAUGAGCAAAGAGGAGUAGUUUCUGGCAUGUUAACUCCGACUUUGGGACCUUCUCAGCACCCAAUUGCUUAUUAUUCUGCUCAAUUGGACCCAGUAGCAGCAGGAGCACCACCAUGUCUUAGAGGAGUAGCUGCUACAGCCUUACUAGUGACAAAAACUGUUGAUUUAGUAUUGGGAUGUCCAUUAACAAUUAUGUCCCCACAUGAGGUAGAAGCAUUGUUGAUAAAACAUAGAACACAGGCUUUCUCAGAUCAGAGAAUUACAAGGUAUGAAAUAACCUUAUUAAAUAGUGAAAACAUUACCUUGAAACAUUGUACUACUCUUAACCCUGCCACCUUGCUUCCAGAUUUACCAACUUCAGGAGAACCAUUACACAAUUGUGAAGCAUUAGUGUCCAUGGCAGAAAAGCCUCGAGAUAAUCUCUUGGACACUCCCUUAGACAAUGCAGAUCUGAUUUUAUUUACCGAUGGUUCCUCUUUUAUGAGGGAUGGCAUACAUUACACUGGUGCUGCCGUAGUCUCAGAAUUUGCCACUGAAUGGUCAGCUUCACUACCUUCUAACAUUAGCGCUCAAGGAGCAGAACUCAUAGCUCUGAAGCAAGCUUGUAUAAUUGCCAAGGAUAAAAAGGCAACAAUUCAUACGGAUUCUAGAUAUGCUUUUGGCAUUUGUCACUCAGUCGGAAUGUUAUGGCUCCAGAGAGGAUUCUUAACCUUAGCUGGAAAAUCUAUAGCUAAUGCAGAAAUUAUUAAUGAAGUUCUUUCUGCUCUCCAGCUUCCUGAAGCCCUAGCUGUAGUUCAUUGUUCUGCCCAUACAGGUGGCACUGACCCUGUCUCUAGAGGAAAUGAUCGAGAAGAUGCCGCUGCAAAGCUAGCAGCCAUAGAAGGGCCUGAAUUAAUUUUAACAUUAAUAACCACUGAUGAUUUAAAUUUACCACUUUCCUAUAAUGAAAAGGAAGUGGAAAAAUGGAAACAAAAAUUCAAAGCAAAACAGAUUAAUGGAGUAUGGGUGUCAUCUGAAGGAAAACCCCUGCUCCCUAGAAGUUUCUAUAACCAAAUUUGCCAAUCUAUUCAUAAAAAUGGUCAUUUUGGCACCCAGGGCAUCGUGGACUCUGUGAAGAGAAUAUGGAUAGCCCCUGGUAUAACUACCAUAGCCUCUAAAGUGUAUUCAGCCUGCUCUACCUGCCAGGCAUAUAACCAACAUGCAUUUCGUGGAAAAGACUUUGGUGGACGUCCUCUGGCUUACACACCUUUUGAACAUCUACAGAUAGAUUUCAUAAGAAUGCCAAAGGCUAGACGUUAUAAAUUUUGUCUAGUAAUUGUUAGAUUUAAAAUAGUUUUGAGCGUUAAAUAGUUGUAGAUAAGAGAGUGGGAGCCAUAAACUGUGAUAAUUAAAAUGUUUGGGAGCAAGGGAAAUAUAUAACAAUUAUGACCUCUGAAAUAUGUUUUCUACUGUGUCUUGGUUUUAUAUAAAUAUAAGAUGGUUGCCAGGGAACAUAUUUCCAAUUUAUGAAUAUACCCAAGCCAACUGGGUUUUAUAGAGAAAUUUAAUUUAUAAUACACUGAUUAAUCAAUAGAAAAAGAGAGAAAGUAAGAAAGGAAUAAGAAUGAAGGGCCUCAAGCCAAUAAGGCCUAGACCUCAGUCCUAAGAGAUAAAUCAGUCAGUUGGUUUUAUCACUCACCCAAGAUCUCUCUAGGUAAGGCUUCUCAUGUCAACCUCAGGCUCCACCUUCAAGAGAGCCUCCUUUCAAGAAAUGUUUCCAGAGAAUUCUCCUCCUGACUCCUCCUGAGUUCUCCUUCCACAGCCUCCUUCAAGACCUCUCCAGGAGCUCUCCCUCCAGGACAUCUCUCCUCUCUGACCUCCUUAAGAGCAUCAACCUCCCAGUUCUUAGACCUUGCUAUCUUUAAACCAAAAAUCUCAGUUCUCUCCCCUCAGUUCUCACAUCUACCAAUCACUCUCAAUCUCUCCCCUCUGCCAAUGGUGGCUCUAGCUUAACCCAGGACCGCCCAGAGGUCUGCCACCUUUGCACACGUCUGUUGAAGGUCAUAUUCUCAAAUAAUUAAAUCUUGAUCUUUGCUGCAGGCCUUCCUAAAUCCUGUUACUCUGAGUAGGGUGGAGAUUGUAGUUUCCAAGACCUGGUUCUGUCAUUCCAAGUAUAUCUAUUGUAUCAAUUCUAAAAUCAAUCAUGACUCAAAGAACUUCCUGUUCUAUGCUUAAGCAUAGGUCAAAGCCCUUUCCAUUGUUUAGCAAAAGGUUUCUGUCCUAAAGUAGUCUUAAGUAGGGAGGAGAAGGAUCAUCCCAUGCCAAGGAGUUUCAUAUUCCAAUAGAGUUCUUACUAUCAGUAGGAGAUUUUUUUAAGUAUGAAAUUUCCCAAUGGGGAAAUUUCCAACAUUCAUAAGUCUAAGAAAUUUUAAGGUUUACAAUCUCCCCUGAUGAUCAUGGGAGACAGUCUUCCCAUUGAUCAAACAACAUAAUCAAUUUUGUAAUUCUGAAUUCAAUUCUAACUAUAGAUAUACACAAUAUUCAAUUUUUUAAGAGAAUUAGAAUAGUGAGAGAGAAAAUAGAAAAGAAAAGAAAGCAAAACCAAUGUUUUGCUAGGUGGAUUGACAGAAAGCCAAAUUAGGGGAAGUCCCUUUUGGCAUAAAUGUGUACAAUUACAAUAAAUGUUCAAUCAAAAGUUCAGUCCAAUCAAUCAUAUCCAAAGUUCAUUCUUGAUCUUCUUGAUGAAGUGUAGGUUUUCGGCAUCUUUCUGCAACAGUUCAUUCUCUCAAUAUAAAAGUUUCUUUCUUGAAGAUCUUUUCUCGAACAGAAUCAAAAUCUUUGAUUUUUUAUAACAAUAAAAUCUUAAACAAUUCAAAAUUCUUGGAUUUUUAUAAAAAUACAAUCUCAAAAAAAUUCAAAAAUUCUUAGAUUUUAAAUUAAAAUAUAAUCACCCCUGAAGUAAGUAUUAAAAAAUAUCAAGUAUAGCUCAGAAUGCAAUGUUCAGUUAUGGGGGUGUAUGUGUCAAUUAUCAAAAGAAUAGAAAAAUAAUCAAAGACAUAAGAAAAAUUCAAAAUAGGCCUUGUAUAGGUCCAGUUUAAAGUAAUUUCUAUCCCACAAGUAUGUAGGACAGAAUGCAGUAAUAUUUCAUUUAGCCAUUUGUAGCCAAGACUACAGGAAGUUGCCAUAAUAUAAGAAGAAAAGAAUUAGAAUUCUAUUUUGAUGGGGAAAUGUCAUUCCCUCAUAUGAUUUUUUUUUUCAUUCUCAGGGAUAUCUCAGGGAUUCUCAGUGCUCCUGCUGCUACUGGGUCCAGUUGAGCAGAAUAAUAAGCAAUUGGGCUCUGAGAAGGUCCCAAAGUCGGAGUUAACAUGCCAGAAGCUACUCCUCUUUGCUCAUGCACAUACAAAGUAAAUGGCUUGUUGUAAUCUGGGAUGCCUAGAGCAGGGGCAGACAUGAUAGCCUUUUUUAGAUCUGAUAGAGCUGACAAAUGUUCAGGCUCUAAUUUGAGGGGUUCAGGAACCGAAACCUUUGUUAAUGCUAUAAGAGGUUUAGUAAUUUCCCCAUAGCAAGGAAUCCAUUGUCUGCAAAACCCUGUUGCUCCUAAAAUUGCUCUCAACUGUUUCUUAGUAGUAGUAGCGCUUAAAUUUUGAAUAUUCUCAAUUCGUUUUGGAGAAAUAUAAUGAGCACCUGAAGUCAAGAUGAAUCCCAAAUAUUCUACUUUAGGGAGAAACCACUGAACCUUAUCCUUCGAGAUUUUAUGUCCUCCUUUAUGCAAUUCCAAAAGAAGGUAUUUACUAUCUUCUUGACAUGUUUCUGCAUCUGUUGAAGCCAAGAGUAGAUCAUCUACAUAUUUGAUUAAUUUGCUAUUUUUAAAUGUUAUAUUGUCUGUGUCUUGGCUCAAAAUUUGCUCAAAUAAACUCGGACUUUCCACAUAACCCUGUGGCAGCCUACUCUAUGAAUAUUCUGAGCCCUUCCAGGUAAAAGCAAAAACAUGCCUCGAGUUCUCAUGUAUAGGUAUGCACAAGAAAGCUGAGCACAAGUCUACUACUGUAAAAUAUGUAGCUGUGCUAGGAAUAGAGGAAAUAAUAGUAUUUAUGUUGGAAACUACGGAGUGUCUCUUUAUAAUGUGAUUAUUCACUGCCCUCAGAUCCUGUACGAAUCUAUAGAGGUGCUGGCCAUCAGGCCCUCUUUUUGUUUUUUUAACUGGCAGGAUGGGCAUGUUGUAUUCAGAUUUGCAAGGGAUUAUUAUUCCCUGUUCUAUUAAUGAGUUAAUAACUGGUGUAAUACCCUCAAUUGCCUCCUUUGAGAGGGGAUACUGAGGGAUGGAAGGAGGUGGGCUAGAUUUAGUUUUUAUCUGCACAGGAACAGCAGAUUUAAGUAAGCCUACAUCGGAAGAAGAUGUGGCCCAAAAAGACUCCGGUAUAUCCUUAGGUAUUUCAAAAGUGGGAGGUUCUUUUGCCUCCUGGUUUUCCGAGAGAAGUACAGGGAGUAAAUUUAAAGAUUCCUCUGGUACUUCCAAUGUUAAGGAACCAUCUGGGGAACACUUUAUUGUGGCUCUGAGUUUGCAUAGAAGAUCUCUCCUGUGACAUGGAAAUCAUUUUAAAAGACUGAUAUAUAUUAAUUUAAGGUCGCCAAGGAAUUCAGCUAUGUAAUUCCUAAAUGAAAACUCAAGUCAGCAGUCAACCUUUUAUGGAGUUUUUAAUUACAAACAGGAGGAAGAAAGGUAUUAGAGAGAGAGAGAGAGAGAGAGGGGGGGGGGGGGGAAAGAAGGGAAUAGGACUUAAAUACCCCCUCUCCUUAGGCUGGGCCAAAGGCCCAAGCCCUUAGAUAGCUGAGGCAAAGAAAAGAGAUCAGUCCCUAUCACUCAUGUGACCAAAAUGGAGAAACAGUCUCAGGGGCCUCCACCUCCAGCCUCCUUCAGAGCAAGCCCUCCUCUCAGAGCAAAACCUCCUCACAGCAAAACCUCUGGAACUCCCCCUCUGUCCUCAGACCCCGCUAUCUUUAAGCACACAAUCUAAGUUCCCUCCCCUCAGUUCUCACAUCUACCAAUCACUCUCAAUCUCUCCCCUCUGCCAAUGGUGGCUCUAGCUUAACCCAGGACCGCCUAGAGGUCUAUGGCCUUUGCACAUGUCUGUUGAAGGUCAUAUUCUCAAAUAAUUAAAUCUUGAUCUUUGCUGCAGUCCUUCCUAAAUCCUGUUACUCUGAGUAGGGUGGAGAUUGUAAGUUCCAAGACCUGGUUCUGUCAUUCCAAGUAUCUCUAUUGUAUCAAUUCUAAAAUCAAUCAUGACUCAAAGAACUUCCUGUUCUAUGCUUAAGCAUAGGUCAAAGCCCUUUCCAUUGUUUAGCAAAAGGUUUCUGUCCUAAAGUAGUCUUAAGUAGGGAGGAGAAGGAUCCUCCCAUGCCAAGGGGUUUCAUAUUCCAAUAGAGUUCUUACUAUUAGCAGGAAAUUUUUUCCAGUAUGAAAUUUCCCAAUGGGGAAAUUUCCAACAUUCAUAAGUCUAAGAAAUUUUAAGGUUUACACUCCCCAGCAAAUUUAAAGGGGAGUCAGACAUUAAAAGAAAGUUAUGUUAUACCUCUAGGGGUCCUACAGACACCAUUCUAGGGGCAAGUUUUUUAACUCUUUGGGGUAUUCCUGAUACACCCACUACACUUUGUGAGUCAACAGAAUAACAAUUUAAAUCUAGUACAUUCUUCAAUACAGACCUUGUAGCUCCAGUGUCUAAGAGACAAUCAUAAUAAGUGUUACCGACCUUUAAGGUAACAUGGGCUUCAUUAGUAUGGGGAAGGCAGUGGAUAGGGACAACAGGUAGUAGGACAUCAGGGUCCAGAAAAUCAAAGGUUGUAUCCUCUGAUUCCUGUGCUCCAUUUUCCCCCCGCCAGACACCAUCAUUGUGUUUGGGAUAUUCCUUGGGCACCCCCCUGAAGGGCACCUCGACUAUUUUUUGGACGAUCUUCAUUUCUUAUAUUUUGUUGUUGGGUAUUAUCAUUAUAAUUUUCUUCAUUUUGAGCAUUGUCAUUAUUUUCCCAAUUCCUAUUUCUAUAAUUUUGAUUUCUAAAGUUCUUGUUUCUAUAUUCAUUAUAGUUAUUUCCAUAGUCAUUAUAAUUUCUAAAAUUUCUGAAAUUCUGGUUUCUAUGACCAUUAUCAUCAUUUCUAUAGUUGUUAUUUCUAAAAUUGUUAUUGUGAGAUUUAAAAUGGUUGAGGUCUUAAACUGUAGUGGUUAAAAUAGUGGAAGAUAAUAAUUGUGAUAGAUAUAAGAGAGGAUGAGUAAAUUUGACCACAGAAAUAUGUUUCACUACAGUGUCUUAGGUUUAAAAUCAAAUAUAAGGUGGUCACCAGGGAAAUAUUCCCAAUUAUUCAAAUACCCAAGUCAAUUGGGUUUUAUAGAGAUUUUAAUUAACAAUACAAUGAGUAAUCAAAGAAGGAGAGAGAGAGUAAGAAAGGAAUAAGUAUGAAGGGUCUCAAGCCAAUAUGGCCUAGACCUGAGCCUUAAGAGAGGAAUCAGUCAGUUUUUUAUAACUCACCAUAAGAUCUGUCUAAGUAAGGAUUUCUAAUGACACCAGGCCAGCAGCAUCUCAGCUGCUUUCACCAGCUCCCUCCUCCAUCUGAAUGUUUCAGAAUCAGUCUCCUCAGAAUGAGUCUCUCCAAUCUGAAUGUUUCAGAAUGACUUCCCAGCUCUUCCCUGAGCUUUUAUUUUUAAGGGCAAAAUCUCCUUUGUCACCUCCCCUAAGUCCUUACAUCUACCAAUCACUGUAAAUGUUUCUAAAGGACUGCCCAUUCUUAGUCCACACCUAAGAAGGUGUGGAUUUUUUAGUAAUUCACACCAGGAAAGCUAUGAGUAAGUUUUCCAGUUCUUUGUUCCCUGUAAAUUCACAAGUUCCUUGACCUUUAUAGGUACUUAGCUUAAGAAAAGUAUGGGCUUAAGUACUUUUCAUUGUUCAGAAAAGAGUUUACAACUUCAUCUUACCCUAGGGCAGACCCAAGUAGGUAAAGUAGAAUUUUCGCAUUCCUGCUUUAAGUAGAGUUCACUGCCCAAAUGGGGAAUGGUCUUAAUCCAAUCUUGUAAAGUAGGGUCUGGGAAAUUUUAAGGUUUACAUUAUUAAACUGUGUAUUUCUUCCAAUCAUCUUAAGAAAGGUUCUACAUUCCAUCAUUUUGUGGCCCUUCUUCUCACAGAAGUGGCAAGUUACUGAUUUAUUUGUGAAUUCCCGCAAAGGGGCUAUAGUCUCUCCCUUAUUUUUCAAUUGUCUCUUUAACAUUUCAAUUUCUUUCUUUAAAUCUUCCGCUGAUGUAUUGUCUUCCUCAGGUCUUUUUACACGACCUUUAUAAACAUAGGUUGCUACUCUUCUCAGUUCUUCGAGGUCCAUAGAGUCCCAAUUAGGACAGCUAGUUUUAAAGUAGUCUUUUACCACUGAACAACAAUUCUUAAUCAAUUGCCUACAUAUUUGUCUAAUGUCUCUUUCUCUGGAUAAAUCAAGGUCCAUAUAUGUAUUCCCUAUGUCAAUAAGUCUGUCCAUAAACUGGGAGGGUGUUUCAUCAAUAUGUUGUUGGGUUCUUUCAAAUAUUGACCAUUUUUCAGGUCUAUCAGAGCAAGCUCUCAUGGCUGUCAAUAAUGCAUCUCUGGCCUGGUUUAGUUUUGUGUGAUCUAGUUCAACAUUGGGGUUCCAAUGUGGAUCUUCAGUUGGCCUCUUCUUCCUCAUUUUUGAUUAGCAAGAGAGACAAUAUUAUUUUUCUCUCUCUUUGUUAAUAAUGCUUCUAAUAAAUUCUCAACAUCCAACCAAGUGGGGUCAAAAGCUCUGAAUAUGUUCUCUAAUUUUUUUAUAAUUAAUAUUGGUUCUUCCUCAAAUGAUGACUGAUUUAAAGUAAAUCACUGGCUUAAAAGGUUAUAGCUAAAGAAGAAAGGUCAGAAUUAGGGGAAGAUAUCAAAAUGCCAGAGAGUCCACAAGUGACAAUCAUAACUUUGAACGUGAAUAGGAUGAACUCACCCAUAAAAUGUAGACAAAUACCAGAAUGGAUUAGAAUCCAAAACUCUACCAUAUGUUGUCUUCAAAAAACGCACAUAAAGCAGGUAGACACUCACAAGGUCAGAAUUAAAGGAUGGAGUAAGACCUUCUGGGCCUCAACUGAUAGAAAGAAGGCAGGAGUUGCAAUCAUAAUAUCUGACAAAGCCAAAGCAAAAAUAGACCUGAUUAAAAGGGAUAGGAAAGGUAAAUAUAUUUUGUUAAAAGGGACUUUAGAUAAUGAGGAAAUAUCACUAAUCAAUAUGUAUGCACCAAAUAGUAUAGCACCCAAAUUUCUAAUGGAGAAACUAGGAGAAUUGAAGGAGGAAAUACACAGUAAAACCAUAUUAGUGGGAGAUUUGAACCAACCACUAUCAAAUUUACAUAAAUCAAAUCAAAAAAUAAAUAAGAAAGAGGUAAAAGAAGUGAAUGAAAUCUUAGAAAAAUAGAGUUAAUAGACAUAUGGAGAAAAAUAAAUAGGGACAAAAAGGAAUACACCUUCUUCUCAGCACCGCAUGGCACAUUCACAAAGAUUGACCAUACACUAGGUCACAGAAACAUGGCAUACAAAUGCAGAAAAGCAGAAAUAGUAAAUGUAGCCUUUUCAGAUCAUAAGGCAAUAAAAAUAAUGAUCAGUAAGGCUAUAUGGAGAACCAAAUCAAAAAUUAAUUGGAAAUUAAAUAAUAUGAUAUUCAAAAAUCAGUUAGUUAGAGAACAAAUCAUAGAAACAAUUAAUAAUUUCAUCGAGGAAAAUGACAAUGGUGAGACAUCCUUUCAAACCUUAUGGGAUGCAACCAAAGCAGUAAUGAGAGGAAAAUUCAUAUCCCUGAGUGCAUAUUUUAACAAAUUAGGGAGGGCAGAGAUCAAUGAAUUGGAAAUGCAAAUGAAAAAAAAAACUUGGAAGUGAACAAAUUAAAAACCCCCAGAAGAAAACCAAACUAGAGAUCCUAAAAAUUAAGGGAGAAAUUAAUACAAUUGAAAGUGAUAGAACUAUUAAACUAAUAAAUAAGACUAGAAGCUGGUACUUUGAAAAAACAAACAAAAUAGACAAAUUACUGGUCAAUCUAAUUAAAAAAAAAGAAAGAAGCAAAAUAACAGCAUCAAAGAUGAAAAGGGGGACAGCACCUCCGAUGAAGAGGAAAUUAAGGUAAUCAUUAAAAAUUACUUUGCCCAAUUAUAUGGCAAUAAAUAUACAAUUCUAGGUGAUAUGGACGAAUAUAUAGAAAACUAUAAACUGCCUAGACUAACAGAAGAAGAAAUAGAAUUCUUAAAUAAUCGCAUAUCAGAAAAUGAAAUCAAACAGGCCAUCAAAGAACACCCUAAGAAAAAAUCUCCAGGGCCUGAUGGAUUCACCAGCGAAUUCUAUCAAACAUUCAAAGAACAGCGAAUCCCAAUACUAUACAAACUAUUUGACAUAAUAAGCAAAGAGGGAGUUCUACCAAAUUCCUUUUAUGACACAAACAUGGUACUGAUUCCAAAAUUAGGCAGGUCAAAAACAGAGAAAGAAAACUAUAGACCAAUCUCCCUAAUGAAUAUAGAUGCAAAAAUCUUAAAUAGGAUACUAGCAAAAAGACUCCAGCAAGUGAUCAGAAGGGUCAUUCACCAUGACCAAGUAGGAUUUAUUCCAGGGAUGCAGGGUUGGUUCACUAUUAGGAAAACCAUCCACAUAAUUGACCAUAUAAACAAGCAAACCAACAAAAAUCACAUGAUUAUUUCAAUAGACACAGAAAAAGCCUUUGAUAAAAUACAACACCCAUUCCUAUUAAAAACACUAGAAAGCAUAGGAAUAGAAGGGUUGUUCCUAAAAAUAAUAAACAGUGUAUAUCUAAAACCAUCAGCUAAUAUCAUCUGCAAUGGGGAUAAACUAGAUGCAUUCUCAAUAAGAUCAGGAGUGAAACAAGGAUGCCCAUUAUCACCUCUAUUAUUUGACAUUGUACUAGAAACACUAGCAGUAGCAAUUAGAGAAGAAAACAAAAUUGAAGUCAUUAAAAUAGGCAAGGAGGAGACCAAGUUAUAGCUCUUUGCGGAUGACAUGAUGGUCUACUUAAAGAAUCCUAGAGAUUCAACCAAAUAGCUAAUCGAAAUAAUCAACAACUUUAGCAAAGUUGCAGGAUACAAAAUAAACCCGUAUAAGUCAUCAGCAUUUCUAUAUAUCUCCAACACAGCUCAGCAGCAAGAACUAGAAAGAGAAAUCCCAUUCAAAAUCACCUUGGACAAAAUAAAAUACCUAGGAAUCUAUCUCCCGAGACAAACACAGGAACUAUAUGAACACAACUACAAAACAUUGUCCACACAACUAAAACUAGACUUGAGCAAUUGGAAAAACAUUAACUGCUCAUGGGUAGGAUGAGCCAAUAUAAUAAAAAUGAACAUCCUACCCAAACUUAUUUAUCUAUUUAGUGCCAUACCCAUUGAACUUCCAAAAAAUGUCUUUACUGAUUUAGAAAAAAACAUAACAAAGUUCAUUUGGAAGAACAAAGGAUCAAGGAUAUCCAGGGAAAUAAUGGAAAAAAAAUACAAAGGAAGGGGGCCUUGUAGUCCCAGAUCUCAAACUAUAUUACAAAGCAGCAGUCAUCAAAACAAUUUGGUACUGGCUAAGAGACAGAAAGGAGGAUAAGUGGAAUAGACUUGGGGCAAGUGACCUCAGCAAGAGGUGAUAAACUCAAAAAUCCCAGCUUUUGGGACAAAAAUCCACUAUUCAAAAAAACUGCUGGGAAAAUUGGAAGACAGUGUGGGAGAGAUUAGGUUUGGAUCAACACUUCACACCCUACACCAAGAUAAAUUCAAAAUGGGUGAAUGACUUGAACAUUAACAAGGAUACUAUAAGUAAAUUAGGCAAACACAGAAUAGUAUACAUGUCAGACCUUUGGGAAGGGAAAGACUUUAAAACUAAGCAAAACUUAGAGUCACAAAAUGUAAAAUAAAUAAUUUUGACUACAUCAAAUUAAAAGGAUUUCGUACAAACAAAACCAAUGCAACUAAAAUCAGAAAGGAAGCAACAAAUUGGGAAACAAUCUUAAUAAAAACCUCUGACAAAGGUUUAAUUACUCAAAUUUACAAAGAGCUACAGCAAUUGUACAAAAAAAUCAAGCCAUUCUCCAAUUGAUAAAUGGGCAAGUGACAUGGAUAGGCAGUUUUCAGAUAAAAAAAUCAAAACUAUUAAUAAGCACAUGAAAAAGUAUUCUAAAUCUCUUAUAAUCAGAGUGAUGCAAAUCAAAACUCUGAGGUAUCACCUCACACCAAGCAGACUGGCUAGCAUGAUAGCAAAGGAAAGUAAUGAAUGCUGGAGGGGAUGUGGCAAAGUAGGGACAUUAAUUCAUUGCUGGUGGAGUUGUGAACUGAUCCAACCAUUCUGGAGGGCAAUUUGGAACUAUGCCCAAAGGACGACAAAAGAAUGUCUACCCUUUGAUCCAGCCAUAGCACUGCUGGGUCUGUACCCCAAAGAGAUAAUGGACACAAAGACUUGUACAAAAAUAUUCAUAGCUGCGCUCUUUGUGGUGGCCCAAAACUGGAAAAUGAGGGGAUGCCCAUCAAUUGGGGAAUGGCUGAGCAAAUUGUGGUAUAUGUUGGUGAUGGAAUACUAUUGUGCUCAAAGGAAUAAUAAAGUGGAGGAAUUCCAUGGAGACUGGAACAACCUCCAGGAAGUGAUGUAGAGAGAAAGGAUCAGAAACAGGAAAACAUUGUACACAGAGACUGAUACACUGUGGUACAAUCCAAUUUAAUGGAAUCUCCAUUAGUGUCAAUGCAAUGUCCCUGAACAAUCUGCAGGGAUCUCGGAGAAAAAACACUAUCCACAAGCAGAGGACAAACUGUGGGAGUAAAAACACCGAGGAAAAGCAACUGCUUUACUACAGGGGUGGAGGGGACAUGUCUGAGGAGAGACUCUAAAUGAACACUCUAAUACAAAUACCAACAACAUGGAAAUGGGUUCGAAUCAAGAACACAUGUGAUACCCAGUGGAAUCGCGGAGUCAGCUGGGGGGUUUGGGGGAGAGAAAAGACAAUGAUCUUUGUCUCCAAUGAAUAAUGUUUGGAAAUGACCAAAUAAAAUAAUGUUAAAAAAUAAAUAAAUAAAUAAAUAAAAACACAUAAAUUUAAAAAAAAAAUUUCUUUCUUGUAGCAUCCCAAGCAUAUUCACAUCUAUGAAAUAUAGAUGACUGUAUGAUCACCGUGUCUCCAAGCAUAAGGUUAUACCAAUGAGGCUUGUGAAUGUAACCUUGAACUGGCCAUGUGGCCCUUGGCUAAGACAAACUCAUUAACAUGUUCGGAGACUUGCCCGGGAAAGCGUGGUUAUGUCCUACACGCCCAAAAGGUGUUCCCUCUACCUUGCCACCCAAUCUUAAUUGUCUAUACUUUGUGAUGUGGUUACUACGUCCUUGGGAGUACCGCCCAAGCAGGACAUGAAUAAAUUCAGAGGCAAUCCCAUGAACUUCCUCUUGGCCUUUCUCCCUUCCUUGGAGCUCCACUGGGCUCCUCAAUGACUAUGUCUCUCUCUUCUUGACCUUCUCCUUCCCCGAGGCUGUAACCAUCUCGGCCUGCAUUCUCUAUCUUAAUCUCCUCAACCACCUUGUAUUCCAUUAUCCUCAAUUUCCGCCUUAAGGAAAAUCAUAGGGGUUGCCUGCCCUAUCCAACUGCUGACUUGUCCCUGUCUUUCAUUUCCACCCUGGUUCUCGGUUCCUACCUCUCCUCGGGUCCCAUCACAAAGGUGAGCCCCUUCCCUUGUGGGACCCUGCUGGUCAGGGAAGUCCAUUAAGGAAAACCCCA